AUAGCAGUUGAUUUUUCUUCAACGUGAAGUGGGCCCACAUUGUCAUCUGAAAAUGGUAAGAAAAUUUAGGCGGCGCAAAUAAUUUUUGGAUGGUGAAUAGGAUUACUUAAUCGCGUUGUUUGAUUCCUAGAUUUCACCAAGUCUACGUCGCGACAAACCACAAUGGAAGUUGCCGUAUACAGACCGAGUAAACUACAAUUUCGUCUUCUCUCUCUACAUUUAUAUAUGAAACUUGACACAGUCUCACACACAACGUGAGGUUGUUUUUCUCGAUCAUUAUAGCUGUCACAGGCCUGGGGGAGGAGUAUUAUCGGAAUAUGGACGAGCGGCCACCGGAGCUCGGCGGAGAGUGGAAGAGGGUGGUGGUUGUCGGCGGCGGCGUCGCAGGUUCGCUCAUCUCCAAAACUCUUCAAUUCCAUGGCGAUGUCACCCUCAUCGACCCGAAGGAGUAUUUUGAGAUUCCGUGGGCAAGCAUGAGGUCAAAGGUGGAGCCGACUUUUGCAGAGAGAUCCGUGAUUUACCACAAGGAUUACCUCACCAACGGGCGUCUCGUAGUUGGCAAGGCUAUAAGCAUCUCCAACUCUCAAGUAUUGACCUCAGACGGCCAUCAGAUUCCCUAUGACUACCUCGUCAUUGCCACUGGCCACAACGACUCCUUCCCUGAAACUAGAUAUGAGAGGCUUCAAGAAUUCCGAUCAGAGCACGAAGAGAUAAGAUCUUCCGACUCUAUACUGAUAGUCGGAGGAGGCCCUGUUGGAGUGGAACUAGCUGCAGAAAUAGCUGUUGAUUUCCCGGAGAAGAAGGUCACUCUCGUCCACGAUGGAUCCCGGCUGCUGGAGUUCAUGGGGCCAAAAGCCGCGGACAAGGCGUUGGGGUGGCUGAAAUCGAGAAGAGUGGAAGUUAAGCUGCAACAAUCAGUUGAUCUCAACAACUUCUCCGAGGAAAGCAAGAUAUUUGUGACUUCAUCGGGGGAAAAAAUCAGAGCAGACCGCCUUUUCGUGUGCACGGGGAAGCCCCCCGGCUCAGCUUGGCUGAGGGAGACCAUGUUAAAGGACAGUAUCGACAGGUUUGGAAGGAUCAAGGUUGAUGAGAAUCUUAGAGUUAAAGGGUUCAAGAAUGUCUUUGCUGUUGGAGAUAUUACAGAUUUUAAGGAAAUCAAGCAAGGUUACUUUGCACAACAACAUGCUGUGAUUGCUGCAAAGAACUUGAAAGUGUUGAUGGGCGGAGGGCAGGAGAGGAAGAUGGCCAUGUACAAGCCACGUUCGGUCAAAGUUAUCGUCUCGUUGGGGCGGCAAGAUGCAGUGGCUCAGUUCCAGUACACGACGUGGAUCGGACUGGUACCAGGUAUGAUCAAAUCCAAGGAUUUGUUUGUCGGGAAAAUGAGGAAGCAGUUAGGUCUUGAUCCUAGGAUUGUGGAUCAUUGAGUUCCAUUUUUGAACUACUUAGAAAUGCUUUCAUUUUUUGAGUGGCCUAGUUGGUGAGGGACAACCUCAUGACCGGUCUGAGAGGUUAUGAGUUUGAAUCUCACCGAUGAAAAGAAAUAAAUCUUUAUUCAUAUUUACAUUUGUUUGUAUAUCGUGUGAAAUGCCAUAUGUAUAAAUAUAUAUAGAUAGAUGAUGACUUUAUUCAACUUUA